UGACCAAGACGGAGCAAGCAAAGAUCGUCUGUGUCCGUCAACCAAUUCUUUCUUUCUCUCUCUCUCGCAUCUCACUUACGACGGGAUCUAUCCAUCCAUCCAUCCGUUGUCGAGAUCAAAAUGGUUCGCAUCUCUGUCCUUAACGACUGCCUAAAGAGCAUUGUCAAUGCCGAGAAGCGCGGAAAGCGCCAGGUGCUCGUCCGCCCUAGCUCCAAGGUCAUUGUCAAGUUUUUGUCGGUCAUGCAAAAGCACGGCUACAUUGGCGAAUUCGAGAUCAUUGACGACCACCGCUCCGGCAAGAUCGUCAUCCAACUUAUUGGUCGUCUCAACAAGUGCGGAGUCAUUUCCCCCCGCUUCAACGUGAAACAAAAGGACAUUGAGACUUGGAUCAACAACCUUUUGCCCUCUCGUCAGUUUGGGUACAUUGUCCUGACCACCUCUGCUGGUAUCAUGGACCACGAGGAGGCCCGUCGUAAGAAGACUGGUGGCAAGAUCCUUGGAUUCUUUUACUAGGGGUUGAGCACUGUCGGCUUUGGUAGAGUGGGAUCCGUCAGAGACUUGUUGUAUCGCAUUCUGCUGUGGCUUUCAUAAUACAUUGAAUUGUGUAUAUUUA